UCGUGGUUUUCUACAAUGAAGAGUUACUUUGAAAGUGAAAGUAAAGUCAUGCGCUUCUUUUGUACAGCUGGGAGAGGAACGGAGACUUUUGCAUAUCAAGAAAUAUACGAAGAGGUUGAUAAAGAAUACGUGGUUUCCAUUUCUGAGGGUCGAGUGCAUUUUCAAGGCAGUGUGAACCAAAUUGAUACCAUUUUAGAACUUAAGACUGUUGAAAGGGCAUUUGCGCUGGUCUUUUAUAAAGGUUCAAAUGAAUAUAAAGAUUUGGACCGAGCUACAUUUUUAAAUUGUCUCAGAGCAGAUAUUUUAAAUGAGCAAGUGUGGAGGAAUGAUGAGCUUUGUAAAGUAAUAGAGCUCCUACAAACCAGACAUGGUGGCAAGAUACAAAGGGAGUUAACUUGUUCCAGGGGUGAAGGACCUCCUGCUAAGAAGUUUAAACAGGAGGGGCAACCAAGCUUCCGCGUGUCUUGUAAAUGUUCAGGGAUGCUAGGAAGAAAGGUCAGCAGUCAGUUGCUGGCAAAACAGAUCGGUAUCAAACUAAAUCAGUUGCUGAGAUGGCGUGUGAAUUACAGAGAUCCCGACAUUGAAAUUUGUAUACAAGUGAGUGAUGCGCAUGUGAGUGUCGGGAUUCCUUUGACAAAAAUUCCAUUGUCCAAAAGAAACUAUGUGAAAUGCCAUGGAUUAAGAGGCCCUGUUACUUGGAUCAUGAUGAAUUUACUGGAGAUUAAGAAUCAGUGUGUUGUUUUGGACCCAAUGUGUGGAAAAGCCACUAUUCUUCUGGAAGCAGCAAAGAACUUUGAAGAUGUUUUUUGCAUUGGUUGUGAUGUUAGCAGUGAUCAGUUGAAUUUGGCGGAUGAGAAUAUCAGAUUUGGAAAUGUACAAGCUAGACUACAGCUUAUUCAGGCUGAUUGUAGAGCACUGCCUUUACGUGAUGAAUGUGUGGAUUGCAUUGUUUGUGACACACCAUUUGGAAAGAAGCACAGUGUAAAAGGGUCGUCUGUUGUCUUUCAUGAGUCUUUCCUACAGGAAAUGUGCAGAGUUCUGAGGAGUAAUGGUAAAGUUGUACUUCUUGUCAGUGAAGACAUUCAUCAAAUCUAUAAGAACUCAGAAAUACCUGACAGUUCUGAUAAACAUUCAGUGAGUGAUCAAGUCCUCAAUAGCAUCAGUGAAGGAGGUGAAGACCGAAAAGACCAGUAUUGUGUUCCAGGGAACAAAUCAGCCAAUCUUCAUCUUGAUGAUCCCUCUAAUGCAGUAGUGCUUGAUAUUAAAAAAAAAUGUGACAAUAGUUUUUAUCAAGAGGAACUUUCAACAAAGAGCUCCAUAGUUCCACUUGUCAUGGAGAAAAGUGGAGUAAGCUACAGGAAAACAGAGAAUGGAGGAAGCUUCAAGACUACAGACAGCGGCUUGGUGGAUUGUGUAGAUUCAAAUCGCAAUGAACAAGAAGUGUUAGGUUUACAAUCUGUUCUACAGAAGUUCGAUGUAAUCCGUGAUCACUACAUUAAACUUGGAGAGACAAAUUCAUACAUAAUUGUACUGAAGAAACGAUAAUUAAUUACUAUUCAGUGAGAGUUAAUUAUAUACGGAGAGAAGAGAGAGUAUCUUCAUUUUCAGCUGUGAUAUGAGGGCGAGUCAAUAAGUAACCAGCCUAACUUAUUUCCGGUUGAGAUCCACCUCUUCUUUUUAAAUGUAAUUGCCCUCUAGUGUGAUGCACUUAGACCAACUGUGUUCAAGUGCCAUCAGCCCAGAACUGAAAAAGUCUGAGUCCUUUUCAUUGACCCACUUCUCAACUACCAUCCCAACUUCUUCGUCAGACCGGAAAUGACAUCCACGGAUAUUCUUUUUCAAGUUUGGGAAUAGGAAGAAGUCGCUAGGAGCUAGGUCAGGCAAAUAGGCAGGAUGUGGUAUUAAUUCAUACCUAUUGUACUCUACAGCAUCCAUUGCAACUUUGCAAGUGUGGACUCUCACGUUGUCCUGUUGCAGCAAAACACCUUUAGAGAGUUUACCUCGGCGUUUUCCAUGGAUGGCGGAUUGGCGGUUCUCAGCUGGUCUAGCAAGUUUGCAUAGUACCCUCCAGUUAUUAGCCGAGUUGCGUAGCAAAUCUCGGCUUUUAAAUUGGCAAAGGAUGGGCGUCCAGGCAGGCGGGCGUGUGGACGGGCGGCAUCCACAAUUAGCUUGUCCGGUCUUUAACUUUCAUACUUUUUGGUGCAUCUUUGCGAGACUUGCAUAUCAUGAUCAUAUCCAAAAGAGGAACGUUCCUAUUUAUUUUGAGGUCAAAAGGUCACUGUCACUAAAUGCCAUAGAUUUGAGCUUGUCCGGUCUCUAACUUUCUUACUACUAGGGGCAUCUUUGUGAAACUUACAUAACAUGAUCACAUCCAAAAGAAUAACGUUCCUAUUUAUUUUGAGGUCAAAAGGUCAAGGUCAUUUUGUCGCUAAAUGCCGUAGAUUUGAGCUUAUCUGGUCUCUAACUUGCAUAAUAACUUGGUGCGUCUUUGUCAGACUUGCAUAUUUUGAUCACAUCCAAAAGAGGAAGGUUCCUAUUUAUUUUGAGGUCAAAAGGUCAAGGUCUCUUUUUCACUAUAUACUGUAGAUUUGAGCUUGCCUCUAACUUUUAUACAUGUACUUGCUGGUGCAUGUUUAUCAGACUUCAAAUCCUGAUGACAUUCAAGAGUCAUGUUGCUUUUGAAAUCCAAAGGCCAAAGGUUGAGUUCAUUAUCACACUAAAUACCUAUUGCUGCCAUUUGAAGCUUCAUACUUUUAAACUAUAUUAAAUACGUGCAUGUUUUUACUUCGUGAAUGCAAGAGUGCAUAAAUUUCCAAACUGCAACUCAGCCAUAUGCAUCUUUGACACGUUUUAGCGAUUUUUGUACUUCUCUUGGGGAAAAAGUCCAAUAUAAUAACACCUUUUGCGUCCCAAAAUACUGUAGCCAUCACCUUGCCAGUAGAUGGUUGCGUCUUGAACUUCUUUGGCCUCGGGAACCCAGGCCCUACCCACUGACGACUCUGAGAUUUAUACUCUGGGUCAUAAUAAUGAACCCAAGUCUCAUCUACAGUCACCAGAUGCAAAAGAAAAUCAUCUUUUGACAUAAAACGCUUCAACAAGGCGCUGCAUACUGACGUUCUGGUUGCCAUUUGCUCAUCGCUAAGGGAUUUGGGGUCCCAGUGGGCUGUUAGCUUGCGAAUACCUAAACGAUCAUGUAAGAUUGUUGAAACGCUACCAUGUGAAAUUCCUAAUGCCUGCGCUAUUUUUUCCACCUGAAUUCGCCUAUCAGAGUAUACCAGAUCCUGAACUUUCUUACACAUUUCUUCGUCGGUGGCAUCCAGAAUUGGCUUCAUCUUCUAAAGACGUUCUACCGCGUUUGAAUUCCCCUACCCAGAAUUUAACCUGAGCAUAAGAUGGUUCAUAAGACCCAUAAACAUCAACUAACUUGCUGUGUAUUUCCUUGCCUGUUUUACCUUUUAAAUAUGUAGAUUGUAUCAUAUAGUCCAUCCAUUUGUUUGUAGAUAUUGAAUGCAUCUCUUUCUACAGUUUUAUUUUUUGUAAGACAUGGAACACAUGGUAAUUAAAUAUAGACAAAUAA